AUGAGCGCGGCUUUCCAGCCCUCGCUGAUGAUGAUGCAGCGCCCGCUGGGAAGCAGCACGGCCUUCAGCAUCGACUCGCUCAUCGGCAGCCCCCCGCCGCCAGCCCCCGGCCACUUCGUCUAUACCGGCUACCCCAUGUUCAUGCCCUACCGGCCCGUGGUGCUGCCGCCGCCCCCUCCGCCGCCCCCGGCGCUGCCGCAGGGCGCCCUGCAACCGGCGCUGCCCCCGGCGCAUCCCCACCACCACCAGCUCCCCAGCCUGCCCACCGGCUUCUGCUCCAGUCUGGCCCAGGGCAUGGCCCUCACCUCCACCCUCAUGGCCACGCUGCCCGGCACCUUCCCUGCCUCUCCCCAGCACCAGGAGGCCGCCAGGAAGUUCGCUUCCCCCGGGAACUUCGAGAAAGCCGAGGGAAUGCCCCCAGACGGCGGCGGCGACGACGGCAAAGCCUUCGUGGGGAAGGACGGAGCCCUCCUGCCCUACCCUGCCGCCGACGCCGUCCAGGCCUCCCUCGCCGGGGCUCUGCGGGGCCAGGGGAAGGAGGAUACCAAAGGAGACGAUGAUGCGAAAGGCAAGGAGGAAAGUUUCUCCAUGGACAGCGAUCUAGACUAUAGCUCGGACGACAACAUCCCCGGCCAGGCUGCUCACAAGGAAGAGGACUCUGGCAACGCGCUAGAAGAAAACCCCCAAAACCCUCCUAAUUCCACCAACACCACGUCCACGGGCAAAAACCGGCGAAGGCGAACAGCGUUCACCAGCGAGCAGCUGUUGGAGCUGGAGAAGGAGUUUCACUGCAAAAAGUACCUGUCCCUGACGGAGAGGUCCCAGAUCGCUCACGCUCUCAAACUCAGCGAGGUGCAGGUGAAAAUCUGGUUCCAGAACAGACGGGCUAAAUGGAAACGGGUCAAGGCGGGCAACGCCAACUCCAAGACAGGGGAGCCCUCCCGAAACCCUAAGAUCGUGGUACCCAUCCCGGUGCAUGUCAGCAGGUUUGCGAUCAGGAGUCAGCAUCAGCAGCUGGAGCAAGCCCGACCCUGAUCUCUCCCUUUACGCUCAAAACCACAAGUUUUUGAGGGGAAAAG